AUGUACUUUACACCACUUAGAUCUCCAACCUCGAUUGCUCUGGACAGCUCGUUCCAAGCCAGAAGGUAUUCCAAGUGAUUUAUGUUACUCUGCGUGUAUAAUUCCCAAAGCCUUCAGCGUUACAAUAGAAUUGUAAAAGGUAUUAAGACAAGAAAUGUACAAAAGAAUUGAAUUUAAACGGAGCAUAUUGAUAUUUUAUUUUACUAGACUGAAGCACCGACAAAAAAGACAAAAGUAAGCCUCUGAGCUGUGUGCACGCGUUAAGUCCGCCUGUGGAGGCGUGGGGUCAGUUUUCAAGUACAAGAAAAGGUCGCCGUUUGGCGAUUUCGAUUUUAGCGUAAGUGCCAACCGCUCACGCUAAUCUACGCUUCAUAAAUGAUUUUGAUGAGGCUAUCUUCUUUUAUCCUCUCUAUGCUUCCCUUCCGAAUGACAGACAAGAAGGCGGGGAAACCAAUGAAAUUACGAGGAGUUGAAUAUCGAAAAAACGCUAUUGGAGUAUAUCGACUCGAUAUACUCUUGCUACUAGGCUAGUCUCUCCUGUCCCUUAUUUUAUCAUACAAGUCUCCAUUGUUUGGCGAGUUUACGAUACGAGGCAGUAAUUCAAGCGGACUUAUGAAUGGAUCGUCCUUAGCAUAAUACGGGGCAAAACACCGUUACAAUGUUUGCAUAAUUCCAGCCUAUCCGUGGGAUAAUGCUGGCACAGCAGGCGCUUUACCUGCAACGUCGGGUCUGGUCUUUCCCUCGUAUACAACACAGCUGGAUAUUACGUAAACCACACUAUCAUUCUUGUGCGCCAGCGCUCAUUUGGGAGUAGAACCAGUCUGGUGGACAUAUUUUAGCUCGUUCUUGUCAAUUAACGACGGUGUCGCUGGUCACCUUGGAUGCCGUUUGCACCGCGCAUACAAAAUCGGCCGUCAUUUGGCCACCUGCGAAAAGUGUCCGAAACAAUUGUGCGGUUAAGUGUACUAUGGAGACUUGCCUUCAAUCACUUUGUAUGCAAGUGUUGCAGAUAUUCCGCUUUCCCUUCCCUCCCGCAAAGUUGGACUGACCCGCCAAACCCCUGUCCGAUACAGAAGUUACCAUUCCCUUCACAGCAUUAACGACACGUCCGCCGUUGAGAUGGUACCCAAAAAGUACGACAACAAGAAAAUUUGCGAUUUCCGUCCGCUGGCGGGCAUUCUUUUAAUGAGGGGAUUCCCUGUUAUACAUUUCGGAGGUGAAUUUAGUAACCUGUUUAGAACUCCAUGGACAUUUUCUUCGACGACGAUGUGCCACCUGCCUAUGUCUUCUAGGAUAUCUGUUAGUAUUCUGCACCAUCUGUGAACCUAGCAAGGACUUUCCUGGGAGGCUAAAUAGUGAGAAAGUCGUCCCUCUCAGUAGUGUUGGUGGCGACGGUGGUAGUCGUGCUGGUGGGAGCGUGAUGGCUCAGCUGUUAUGUGAUGCUGCAUUCAGGAUGACGUCCACUUUUAGUGGGACUUCUUGACUAAAAAGAUAAUAAGCAUACUACGGUCUUGCUGCGAACCUCCUACCUAGGAAGCGCCAGGACACUUGUCCCGGAAGGCCUAUCCGUGACGGCCAGGACAGCCCAUCUUGCCGAUCAUGUUCCAUGCGCAAAACACCAUAGAGAACUUCAUGCGGUUGCCAGACUGUCCAUUCAACAUGCCUACUUCUGCUAUCAUUUUUGUGCUUUUGAGCACUUACUGGGAACGGAGAAUUUCGCCUGCUCUAGUACUUUAUUAGUAGUAAGAAGAAUUUAUCCAAACAGUCGAGAAACUGCAUUCUCCUUGAAACAUACUUUUAUUUUGGGUGCAGUUACUGAUAUAUUGGGUUUCGGAGUCUAAAAUCAAGGUCACCAUGUCAGCGUUUUUUUAAAGAUAGCCGUUAAACCUACUGCUGGAUCACAGAUUUUCCUCAUAGUAGUGUUAUGCGAACAAUCCAGACCGAGGUGAAUAUUAUAUGGUCGCCACUGAUCGGUUACUCUUCCACCUUCAGUUUGCACUGAGCACUCGUUCAGGCAAAUUAGUCAUGACCUUGAACGGCUUACUACCUCGUAAAAUUGGACGCGCUUUUGGUAUGCCUUGGACGAUGAAAAUCCACCUUCUCUUGAUUAGAGACCCGUCGGUCUCUACAACCAUUCCGGAACCUAUACAGUGACUUUGCUGCCGAAUUGACAGAAUAGGGAUGAAGUUAUUUCCCGAAUAGAUUUGCUUGCUGGAUUUCCACAGCCCUUAGAAAGAGCCAGUAGAAAGCGCGCUAUGUCCAUUGUCGCCACAAAUAUUCUUACGCACUGGACAUCUGUCCGGUCAGCCUUCCAGUAGUUUGCGAGUACUGCGCGCAUGAAAAAAAAAUGAGCGCUGCCUGAAGUCACUUCCUCGAAUGACAGUUUACAAUGUCAACGACAACAUCGCGAGAAGAUAUCAGGCCGUCCAAGGAAGACGACUGAGAUGGUUUGGCCACGUUCUUUGUUGCUCACCGCAUGAGCUCACUGUUGCUGCCUUCCACCUGGAGAUGAACCCGAAAGCUGGCUCGACACAGUUCGAUAAGAUAUCAAAGUAGACUCACGACGUCUGGGCGCCGAUUGCUAGGAUGCCCCUAAUCUUGGAAUGCUGUCAUUAAAUGAACCACACAUCGGACGGAUGAUGCUUAUUCCAAUUCGUAUGGGGUUUAUUGUAAUCGCCAGACCGUACACAUAUUUUCCUUCCUAGAAAAAGUGUAAAUAGCCGAGUAAGCCUCUGUAAUACAAAAACCCGAAAACGCGCUAACCUCCGGCGGUCCUUCCUACCCCCUUCCUUAUGACUAUGUUCGGUUUCUAUGAAUCCGCGCUGGCAACGCUCACUUGAAUUCCCGACUACUUUCCUGAAAUGUUGUUUUGGCGGGCACAUUGCUUCAAUUCAUAACCAAAAUUUCUCAUCUCUCACGACUUUCGAAUUCUUACACAUUUACGUAUAUCUGGAAGUGACUAUCCUAGGUGCGUGUUCAAAGACAAUGAUGUUCAGAUUGGAAAAGUUUAGAGAUCCGGGAAGAUUAUUAGAAGAAGAAAAUUGGCUCUCCGGAACAGGUUUAUUUAACUGCUGACGUUUCAAAGAGCUGGGUCGGCUCUUCAUUGUCAAAGCGUAAACUGCACCUAAUCGAUAAGAAAUUUAAUUUAAAGUGGCAAGCUGUGUUGGCCGGCCUCAUGCUGAUCGAUUUUUCUCUCUCCUCACGCUGCGUCGGCCUCUCAGGAAAUGGUUGACGGGCGUUUUUGCCUGUGCGCUUUAUGAGUCACCACUCCGUCGAGGGGAGCUGAUUGGACUUUAGUCGGGCGGUCGGUCUGGCGGUUCUUGUUCUUCCUCACCGAGUAAGCUCAGCGUCGGGCUAUCUCCGUGCUGUCUUCUUAAGUCCGGUGUUGUUGUUUGGUCCUGAGCUCUACGGUUCUCCGAUGCCCACUCUAUCAACAGGCAUCUGGACCUUCCUGCAGCUUACAAAAUCCUACGUCAUCACAACCGUAGAGCUCAGGACCAAACAACCACACCGAACUUAAGAAGACAGCACGGAGAUAGCCCGACGCUGAGCUUACUCGGUGAGGAAGAACAAGAACCGCCAGACCGACCGCCCGACUAAAGUCCAAUCAGCUCCCCUCGACGGAGUGGUGACUCAUAAAGCGCACAGGCAAAAACGCCCGUCAACCAUUUCCUGAGAGGCCGACGCAGCGUGAGGAGAGAGAAAAAUCGAUCAGCAUGAGGCCGGCCAACACAGCUUGCCACUUUAAGUUAACUUUCUGAUCGAUUAGGUGCAGUUUACGCUUUGACAAUGAAGAGCCGACCCAGCUCUUUGAAACGUCAGCAGUUAAAUGAACCUGUUCCGGAGAGCCAAUUUUCUUCUUCUAAGACAAUGAUGUUGCAGUGAUUGCAUCGUCCUUUACUAUUUCUGUCAGCCAUUCAAGCAUUCAGAUCCUAAAGCCACCAAGGCGCGCACCAGGUUGUGCGUAUGUGUGUGUAUGUGCACGCACAGGCGUCUUGACACUGUCUUGCUAUCGGAGUGUGGUAAAGAGGGCUCGUUCCACCACAAACUCACGUGUAAGUCACUGUCGGUGAGCUCACCUUGCAGGGCAGCGACGGACGUUCUUGCUUGCGACGAGCUCGUGGCACAGUGAUAAAUCCUUGAGCUUUAACAUGCACUCAGGGACCUAAGAAUCCGAGUUUGAAUCUACAGGCUGGUUGAUGACGGUUUAGAAGUGAAAAAUGUCCGUGUUAGUGCUUUUUGUAUCUGUGUGUAUUCUCCCCCAUAGUCCUCUCCGACAUGCCGGGAAGUAGUACUGCCAAGAUUUUUAGUUUUUUAAUUAAUUUAUUCGCAAGUUUGAGCCAGACGCUCUGGGAUAAACCUUUUCGGGCCCGAUCCGAAAGUUGAUGUGAAUAUAUGAGUUGAAAUACUUCAUCCUCGAGGAAAUAACCUCUCAAUACUCACAAGCUCCCCGCGGCAGUAAGUUGUGUAGAAGGGCCGGAUAAUUUGUCAUACGGUUUGACCUGAAAAUUGGACAGCCCGACGCUACACGACUAGUUAAAAACUGCCACAGAAUACAGGACGAUCGAGCUCAGUCGCCAGUUUCAACUUUCUAUAUGCUGAAGUUUUCGACGGACAUCCGUAAGCACUCGAAUUAAAACUAGAAGAGGGGAGAGUACGCCACGUUUUGGAAAGUGUUCGCUGCGAGGGAUCCACACCGGCUUGUUCGGGUGUCUUCCAGUCUCUCUACUCUUUCAAGAUUUCCCCCACUGAUACAGUUUUCUAUAUUUUUUAAGCAAUUAGAGAACACUCUGCCCCGCUUUUUAUUGACAGAGAUUGUAAAUCUCGCUUUUUUCAGAACCGCAUCCUUCAUGGGUGACUUUGAGCCCUCCGAAUUAGGUACUAAGGCUCAGUAAGCAGUAUCCACCAUCCUCUUUCUUCUAACCUACAUCUCAAAGCUGGGAUAGCCACUACGAAAGGGAAUUGCAGAACUUUGACGAAGCUAGUGACAUUGGAGAUAUCUGGUAAGUCCAAUGGCCACAUUCUAUCCCCAAAAGGUUUGGCCAGCAAAGCGAGAAACGUGUGCUCAAAUACCUGUCUGAUGUCGGCAUUCCGUCUGAAUCGCGAAUCCUCGACGUUGGGAGUGGAAACGGUCACUUGGCCAUCGAAUUGGUACACUAA